CACGCAGUGCAGUUUCGAGUGAGGUGUCACAGAAUUACAGUGACUCUCAAGUUUUGAAACGUUUCCCUUCGUGUAGUGACCACGCAGUGAGUUUCGACGUACAACAUGCCGAAAUCGCGGGACACCUCACCGGCCUCGCACGACAGCUCGGCCCGCUCCAGCAAGGCGGACGAGGAAACGACCACGGCGCCCCCUCUUCUAGAAGUCCCGGAAGAGACGACUCAGUCCUCGCAGACCACACGCCCACGCUCGCCAGCACGCCUCUCCUCUGAGCUUCAGGUCCGCGCAAAGAUGCAGGAGGAACGCCUGGACACGAUGCUGUCCAUCGUGGAAGACUUGCAGGCAUCAACCGCGAAGGAGCCUCUGACCAUCAUCGCGUCAGAGGUGGAAAUUACGAAAACCACCCUGAUGGAGAUGCACUUGAUGUUCCAUCAAGAGCAUCAAGCCCUCAGCCGUCUGUGGCCGGUGUCACAGCUUGACCACGGCUAUUACAAAACGAAGGUGGCCUCGCAGGAGGAGAAGGUCGUACUGACGGCCCGAAAGCUGAUUGCUCAGCUGGAGCAUCGACUUGCACCCAGCACGACCACGCAGACCACGACGUCCACGCAGCCACUUGCAGCCAAAAGAUCACGCUUGCCUGAAAUUGCACUCCCCAAAUUCGAAGGGGAGUACAACAGAUGGCAGGCUUUUAAAUCUGCCUUCACAUCGGUGAUAAUGGAACGCGACGACCUCGCAGAAGUGGACAAGCUCCACUACCUCAAAGGAGCAGUUUCAGGCAACGCAGCCCACGUCAUUGCUCAUUUACCCGCUACAAACGAGGCCUUCCAAAAGGCCUGGAAGCUUCUCGAUGAGCGGUUUGAGAACAAGCGGCUCAAUGUCCAGUCCUACAUGGACCGGAUCUCUGAUUUGAAGCCAAUGAAGCAGCGAAGGGCCAGUUCGCUGAUCAAGAUGACGAACAUCAUCGGCGAAACGCAAGAGGCUUUGACCACGUUCGGGCUCAAUGAUCCUCACUCCUGCUUCUUACUGAACCACCUCGUCAGGCUGCUCGAUUCAGACACGCGAGAACGCUGGGAGUCUUCCUUGAGCGCUCAGACGGACUAUCCGACGAUGUCGCAGCUCACGACAUUCUUGCUGGGACGAGCCCGAACAUUGGAACAGCUGGAGCGGGUGGCCGAACAAAAGACGCCGCAGAACACGCAGACCACGUCAGGACGCCCCGCCAGUCGCGACAUCCGGCUGGUGCAACAGCGAGCUUCCGUCCACGCAGCCGCCGCAACGCAGUCCACGACAACGACGACCACGUCCUCUGCACGCCCACGCACCUCAGCGCUCUAUCCUUGUGCGCUCUGCGCCAAGGAUCAUUUCUUGACAUCGUGCCCUGCAUUCAGGGACAAAACCGUGGAUGAGCGGAUAACUGUGGUGAAGGCUCAGCAGUUGUGCGUGAACUGUUUGGGCCACCAUAAUCUGAGAAGCUGCCGUACAGCACAACGGUGUAAGCUCUGCAAUGAGCAGCACCACACGGCAUUACAUGGUGGCAACCUCAUCAGGGUGUUGGUGCCAUUCCCGCAGACCUCGCAGCCCGCGACCGCCUCCACGUCUUCGCAGCCCACGGCGAAGGCAUCACAGACCACGCAAACACAAUCAGCACAACAUUGAGAUGUUGGUGCAGUCGUCGACGCCCACGCAGCCUGCUCAGCCCACGCAUUAAAGGACCACGCAGCCCACGCAUUAAAGGACCACGCAGCCCACGCAUUCAGACCACGCAGACCACGGACCACACUUCUAGCAACAGCACUCGCAAGAGUGCACACCGACCUCGCAACGCAGCAAACCACUCGCAGUCACCGUUCAAGCACACGUGCUUACAAAGGUGACCACUUGCUUGCCAUCAGAACCACCAUCUCAGCCAACGCAGCCAUCGCACUUGGAGAAAUUGAACCUCGCAGAUCCUCAAUUUCUCGUCUCAAGACCGGUGGACAUCAUUCUCGGAGCGGACGCAUACGGGCAAGUCAUCAAGCCAAAUAUUAUUCGGAACACGUCAUCACCGUUGAUCGCUCAACUCUCGAUUUUCGGUUGGCUCAUAAUCGGGCCCCUCGAGGGCACUCAGACAAUUCGCAGGACUUCUCAUCAAGUGACAGUCAAUAAUACUGAUC